GCUUGGAGGGAAGGGGACAGAGCAUUGGGGUGACAGUGAUGCUCGCAGGGUCCCUGCUGCUCCCUCUUCUUGCUUUCUUGGUGAUGGGGCAUGGGGAGAGCUUGGCAAAGGGGUGAGCACAGUAACCCCCCAGGGAUACCCUGCUCUCUGCUGGGGAAAGUGAGGCACGCGUGGGGCAAAGCAGCUUCUCCAAGGUUAUUGUCCCCACCCCCCAGGCUGUCAGGGCUCUGCUCUUGGGGUGCACUGUUGCUCCCAGCCCGGAGAGGUGCUGGUGCAGGGUGAGCAGCAGCUCUGCCCUGGCAGGCAGUGCUCUCAGCCCUCUCCCUGCCCUGCUUUCCCCUCCCAUCACUGCUCCUGGCCAGCCCAUCCCUGCCCGCUGCUGUGGUGCUUCUCGGCAGCGCUCCCAGAGCCACACAGAGAGAGGUGUCCCCAGCUCCUCUGUUUUUUUGAUUAAUAUGCUUUGACUGGUGUGCAAAGCAAAGGAAAAUGUAAUUGCAAGGGGGUAGCUGCUCCUCAGCCUGUGCUGGUGUGGAGAGGAGAGCAGUGGGAGGGUGGCUGCUGCUGCUGGGGCUCUCCUGUGUCCAUCCCCAGCAGCAGACCUUGGCUCUCCCUUGCUCCCUGGCACCCCAUGGCACUCACCAGCAUCACCCUGUGCCUUCACCAGCACCGCUGCUUGUGCUGCCCAUGGGCUGGUGCACAGGCCAGCUUGUACCCAUGUCCACUUGUGCAAAAAGCCAACAUGCCCCUUCCUGCUGGUGCCUGGGGUCCCCACAGGGCCCUGCUGGUGAGUUUUCCAACUUUUGUCACUGCCAUCCUUAAACCUGCAUUUAAGCUGCAUCUGAGCAUGGUUUAGGGACAAGUGCUGGCAACCAUUGAGGUGUCACUGCCUGCAGCUCCUGCAGAGAAUGACCUGGGGGUGACAAAAUGUCUCCUGGCUCAUGACACCGGUGGGGAAGGAGCCUUGCAAAGCUGCCGCCCACGAGCAGCUCUGCAGACACGUGCCUGCAGCUCCAUCUGCACCGCAGAGCUUUUUAUUUGGGGGGUGAUGGUUUUUGCUCAGAGGAGGGUAGAGAGGGUCCUGACAGCCAGGAGAGGUCUGGGCUGCAGCACCUGCUCUCCUGCCACACUGUGGCUUGACCCUUGUCUGUGUUCCCUCCUCUCUCCGCGGGCGAGGAUCCCCGGACAGGAGGUCACUCUUCGUGCCCGUCUGCCACGCCAGCACCCAGUCACCACCUAGGUGACGGUGUGCUGGGUGGAGGAGGUGACGGCCAGUAACGAGCAGUCCCUGUCUCCCCAGGCCGAGCACGCCGGCAUCCGGACGUACUUCUUCAGCGCUGAGAACACGGAGGAGCAGGAGUCCUGGAUCCAAGCCAUGGGCGAAGCUGCCCGGGUGCAGAUCCCCCCAACCCAGAGGCAUGAGAAGCCAGACUCUGAAAACAUCCCCCCCAGCAAGCACCACCACCACCACCGCAACACCACCCAUCGCGAGCACCCCAAAGCCGACCCCGACGCCAGGACCCGGGGGGAAGGCGAUGGCCGCGGCUCGGAGAAGAUGGAGAGGAAGUCGGAGAGGAUGGAGAGCAAGAAGGAACCCUUGGCCAAAGCCAACGGCAUCGCCGGGCAGGAGAUACCCUCGGAGCCCGGUAGUCCUUACCCUGAGGCAGCCCGGGUCCCGGGGAGCACGGAGAGGCCUCCCCAGCCCAACGGCUGGCCCUGCUCGUCACCCAGCCGCCCCGGCAGCACCGCCUGCCCCCCGCCCGACGGGGAGGGCCUGGCCCAGCGCCGCAGCUUCGCCCCCCGCACCCACCCCGAGAAGAUCGCCCAGCGCAAGAGCUCCAUGACGCAGCUGCAGCAGUGGGUGAACUCACGCCGAGGGGCCGUGCCCCCCGAGGAGCUGCGGAGCCCCACCAGGUUUUACCCUGUGUCUCGCCGGGUACCCGACUACUAUUCCCCCUACUCACCCCAGUACCCUGAGGACUACCAGUACUACCCACCCGGGGUGCGCCCCGACAGCAUCUGCUCCAUGCCCGCCUUCGAGCGGGUGAGCCCGCCCUGGGCGCUGGAGGACAAACGACAUUCCUUCCGCAACGGGGGCACCUACCAGCUCCGCGACUGGAAGGAACACCCCGGCUUCGGCCGGCAAGACGUCCCCCUCUGGCUUCCUGGUCCUGGGAGGCAACCGACGUACCUGGAUGAGGUGGAUGCAGCCUCGGGGUCCCUGCGGCGGAUGUCACUGCAGCCCCGUUCCCGCUCCGUGCCCCGCUCCCCCAGCCAGGGCUCCUACAGCCGGGCACGGGUGUACUCCCCUGUCCGCUCGCCCAGCGCCCGCUUCGAGCGGCUGCCACCCCGGGGAGACGAGAUUUACGCCGACCCCACCACCUUCAUGAUGAGGAGAUCCAUCAGUUCUCCAAAGUAUGACUAUCUGGGUGACAGACGGCCCAUCCCGGCGGGAAUGUAUCCGUACCACUACCCGGCAUCUCCCACCGUCCACGACAAAAUGGAUGAACUUUUAGACCUUCAGUUGCAAAGAAACCUAGAGUAUUUGGACCAGCAGAUGAGCGAGAGUGAGACCCUGAUCAGUAUGGUGAACAGGAUGGUGGAGACCUCCUCCCCUAGGGCUCAGCUCUACAUGCAAGUGACGCCGUUCCCGGAGCCCUACAGGGAGCCGCUGCACACCUACAAGAUAAGCGAGCAAGACACUGAUAAGCUGCUGGGGAAGCUCUGUGAGCAGAACAAGGUGCUGCGGGAGCAGGAGAGGCUGGUGCAGCAGCUCCGAGCAGAGAAGGAGAGCCUGGAGAGUGCCUUGAUGGGGACACACCAGGAGCUGGAGAUGUUUGGGAGCCAGCCAGCCUACCCAGAGAAGCUGCUGCACAAGAAGGAAUCACUCCAGAACCAGCUCAUCAACAUCCGUGUGGAGCUGUCCCAGGCCAGCACGGCCUUGGCAAACAGCACCGCUGAGUAUGAGAGCCUGGAGAGUGAGGUGUCUGCCCUGCACGAUGACCUCUGGGAGCAGCUGAACCUGGACAUCCAGAAUGAAAUGCUGAAACGGCAGAUCCAGAAGGAGAUCUGGCGGAUCCAGGACGUGAUGGAGGGGCUGAGGAAGAACAACCCAUCCCGGGGCACGGACACUGCCAAGCACAGAGUGGCCAUCGGCCCCUCAGGGACAUACAGCUCCAACAGCCCUGCCAGCCCCCUGAGCUCGGCCAGCAUCACCAGCCCACUCAGCCCCUUCUCCCUCAUCUCUGGCUCCCAGGGCUCACCCACCAAGCCAGGACCCACUGAGGAACCAGGCCCGCCUCGACCUCCCCUCCCCAAGUCCUACGUUCCCCUGGAGUCUCCUCCGACCAUCCCGCCGCUCCCCGGCGAGAGCCGCCUCUGGCCGUACCCCACCUCCCCUGCCUGGCACCAGGGCAGCGAGGCCAAGAGGGGACAGCUCAAGCCAAGCUUCGAGCAGAGCAAGAAAGAGGCACAACGACCAGCCCCCCCUGGGCCCCCAGCCGAGGGGCUCCUGCACAGCCGGCAGGAGCAGGAGGCGGAGAAGCAAGCGGCGCUCAACAAGGUGGGCAUCGUCCCCCCCAGGACCAAGUCUCCAGCGGAGGAGGAGGUGGUGACCACGUCUGGCUUGCCAAGGAGGAGCACCAGUGGCAUGGCCAACGGGCUCAGCUCCCGGGAGAGGCCGAAGAGCGCCGUGUUCGCCAACGAGAUGAAGGUGAAGAUGAGUGUGGAGGAGCAGAUUGACCGCAUGAAGCGCCACCAGAGCGGCUCCAUGAAGGAGAAGCGGCGCAGCCUGCAGCUCCCUGGCAGCCAGCAGCCCGACACCCCCGGCACCAAGGCACCUGCCUCCUACAAGGUGGUGCGGCGGCACCGCAGCAUCCACGAGGUGGACAUCUCUGACCUGGAGGCCGCGCUGCGCUCCGAGGAGCCCGGGAAGGUCUACGAGACCCCCCAGGAGGAGAUCGCCCGGCUGCGCAAGAUGGAGCUGGAGCCGCAGCACUACGACGUGGACAUCAACAAGGAGCUCUCCACGCCAGACAAAGUCCUCAUCCCUGAGCGGUACAUCGAGCUGGAGCCUGAUACGCCCCUCAGCCCCGAGGAGAUGAAGGAGAAACAGAAGAAGGUGGAAAGGAUCAAGACCCUCAUUGCCAAAUCCAGCCUGCAGAACGUCAUCCCCCUGGGCGAGGGGGAGGUGGACACCCCCCAGGACCCCGAGACGCAGCUGCAGGAGCAGGAGAAGAGGAUCGAGAUCUCGUGUGCUCUGGCUGCCGAGGCCUCCCGCCGGGGCCGCAUGCUCUCGGCUCAAUGUGCUACCCCAAGCCCUCCCACCUCCCCAGCCUCCCCGACUCCACCGACCAACCCCCUCUCGUCUGAACCAUCCCGGGGCGCCGACAACAGCCAUUUUAUGCGUGUCUGAGCCGUGAACUCAAGCUCUGGCAGCUGCCGGUGCCAACAAGUUCCAUGGGGCCACGUUUUAGGGCCCUGACACAGCACCGAACCUCUCGCCAUCGUUUUUGGUUCUCCUGGACCCCCUUCCCUCCCUCCGACGGCGAGACCACCCGGCACAGCCGAGUGGGGAGAUGCUGCUCUGCCCUGUCCCAGAGGAGACGUGUGGGUGCCAGCAGGUUGUCCGCUGGAGUGAGGUCCCCGAGGAGCCAGCCUGAGUGGGGACAGAUCGGUGGUGUCCUGGGCAUCAAGCUUGCAUGGACAGCUGGGCAGGGACAUCUGUGGUGUUGGCCCACGGCACAGUGUCCAUCUCCCUGCUGGAGCAGCCCUGGGGAGGUGUGGAGCCCCCCAGGCUACCCGUGGUGAUGUUGUUGGUCUCCCAAAGGUCUGUGAAGGGGCUCUUCUGGGUGGAGAUCAGCCAGUCCCCACCGUGUAUGGUGCUUCCACCUGCUGUUAGACCUGGAAGCUCCAAUUCUGCCCUUCAAGCACCUCUUCCCCUCCCUGUGCCCUGAACCUGGCAUCCAUCUGGCUGGGGGGUGGUCACCAGCAGAGCCUGGUCUGUCCCAUCACUCCGGGUGCUGGUGGCUCAGCAGGAGGAGGAGCCGUGGAGGACAGAAUGGAUGGAGCUGGGACAGGAGGGAGGACACGGAAGUGCCCAGGGGAGCGGUGUGCUCAGGAUAAUAAUAGGGGUGGUACAAGGGCUGGCCAGGGCACGGGUGCCCUGCUGGCAUGGAGCAGGUCUGGCCAGGGACAGGGACGUGGCACAGGAGCAGAGCAGGGAGCUGGGGUGUGAGGUGGGACGGCGAAGCUGCGGGCUCGGCGAGGAUCCCUCUGUGGUGGACGGGGAUGGUGACAAGAAGGGGAAGGGGCUUGGGGUCAGGGGGUGGCAGUGGGGCUCGUCCUCAGCUGUCCCCCUGUCACAUCUGUCCCAGCCCCUCCGAAAACCUGGCACUGGGUCCUGCCCCAAGACCUUCCCAUUGAGCUCCGGACCUUUCCAUGCGUUUGAAUUUCCCUGCAGCAGGUUUUCCCGUUUCUUUGGCUUUCUGGAGGGAGGGGGAAAAUAAAGCUGGGAAAGUGGUGUGGCAGGCGAGGUGGUGUGGUUGGCAGGGGUGGGCAAGGUGGGGGGAGUGAGGAGAUGCCCUCCAUCCUGCAGCUGUUUCCCCACUAACGCCCACCAGGACCCCCACCCAGUGCUCCCCCUGCCUCCCCCUCGCCCCCCAUCUUAGCAAUACUGGUGGGAUCCCAGGAGCCCCGAGCCUCCCACAGCCCUCUGAGCUCAUAAAGCUGCCCCUUUAUUUUGCUAUUACAUGCCUUAAUAUAUGUUUUAUGGAAAUUAUACAUUUAUAAUAUAUAUCUAUAUUUGGUUUUCUCUUCUUUCCUGGGAGGUACCGCUUUGUGCUAAGCUCUCUCUGUCCGCAGGGUUGUUGGCACCAGCCCUGCCAAUGGGUUAAAGAAAAGCAGAUUUUUUGCCAAUUUAUCAGAGAGAAAAAGAAAAAAAAAAAAAAGAAAAUAAAAGAAAAAAAAAAAAGAGAGGAAAAAAACCACUAUUUAAAAUAUAUCUAUUUUUUCUGCUUUUAUUAAAAGCAAAUUUAUUUAAAAUAAAAUAUAAAGAGACUGUAA